AUGGUUCGCUCCCAUCUACUUGAUGCGAUCCUCGCAUCGGCAACCCUCGUUUCAUCUUGUUACGGAAGUUGCUCAUACAGCACGAAAUCCAGCACAAACGGCACAGUGAGCCAGUACGACUAUGUGAUCGUCGGCGGUGGACUCACAGGUCUUGUCGUUGCCACCAGACUGACUGAAGAUCCUGAUGUUUCCGUCUUAGUUUUGGAGUAUGGUGCCGAGGAUCGUAGUAACCUCACCAAGAUCCCAUACUACGGUACCACACUUAAUACGGCAUCCUUGCGCUCUUUGAUAUCUGCCCCUGAGCCCCAAGCCGGCAACCAAACAUUCGCCGUCCGCGUCUCCCAGGUCCCUGGCGGUGGUUCCCAGGUCAAUGGUAUGGCUUGGAACUACGGCUCAUCAGGAGACUAUGAUGGCUGGGAGGCCCUUGGCAACCCUGGCUGGGGAUGGGACAGCAUCUCGUCUUACAUCAGAAAGGACGUCCAAUUCACGGUGCCUAAGCCGGAGAUCGAGGCUUUGUACGAGUACUCGUACAACACUUCGGCGUAUGCGACCGAGGCUUACGCUCAAAGCUCGUAUCCUGAGUUCCAGUACCCCGAUUUGUACAAGUACAUUGACGGCCUCGAUGAGCUUGGCACAAUUCCUUUCGUUGAGGAGCACGCGGAAGGACAUAGUGGCGGUGGCCGAUACUUUGUGCCAACCGCUUUGGACCCAACAACCAUGACUCGUGCGUCUGCUUUCUAUGCAUACUACGACAAGGUCUCGAACCGCACCAACCUGAAACUCCUCCAGAAACAUCAAGUUCGGGAGAUUGUGUUCUCGGAUAGCCCCGAGGGUGACCUCGUUGCAUCUGGAGUCAAGGCCCUCAACCGCUCCACCAAUAAUACGGUGACUUUCACGGCUAAGAAAGAGAUUAUCCUCGCUGCUGGAGCAAUUUACACGCCGCAGCUACUACAGUGGAGUGGCAUCGGACCCAAGUCGGUUCUUGAGGCAAGCGGGAUUGAGGCCAAGCUGGAUUUCCCAGCCGUUGGCAGCAACUUCCAAGAUCAUGCUGUUGCCUACUGGACAUGGACUCUUGGCAAUCCCACUUUCCCCGCAGCCUCUGAUCUAACUUCCAAUGCCACCUUCUGGAACGAAGCCGUUGAUCUGUACCACAACAACCUCACUGGCCCCCUUACUAAAGCCCAAGCCAACUACAUUGCUUUCCCGGCACUUCCAGUCAUCGCCGAUGAUAGUGAUGCCUUGGUCGCCGAUCUUCUUGCCCAGACCGAGGGAGCCUACCUCCCCGAUAUCUAUGCAUCAUCUCCUGAGCUCCUCGCUGGCUACGAAGCCCAGAAGAAGCUCCUAGCCGCACAACACGGAAAUGGUUCAGUUGCCGCAGUUGAGAUCCCCAUUUCUGGCGCCGGCGGUAUGCCCAAUGCGGUCGAGAAGCCUCUCAGCCGUGGUACCAUCCACCUGAACGCCAGUGAUGUGUACGGCGAGCCAGUAGUAUUCUACAACGCCCUCUCCAACCCCUUCGACCGGGCCAUCCUCUUCCGCUCCCUCGAGUACACCCGUAAGCUACAGGCCACUUCUGCUGUUGCCGACCUCGAGCCUGUGGAGCUGUGGCCAGGUGUCGCUGCCACCACCGAAGAGGCUGCCUUGGCGGCCUUGACCAAGGUUGGCUGGCUGCGACCUAGCUUCAGUCAUCCCAGCUCCAGCUGCCCCAUGUUGCCCAAGGAGCUUGGCGGCUGUGUGAGCUCGGACCUGCUGUUCUAUGGCAUUCAGAAGCUGAGCAUCAUCGAUGCCAGUAUCUUGCCCAUGGUCCCCGGAUCGCACAUCCAGGCAACCAUGUACGCAGUGGCUGAGAAGGCUAGUGAUAUCAUCAAGGCUCGUGCUUAA